UUUCCCUUUCCGCCACAAUACUUAGUCUAAAAAAUGGAUCAAAAUCCACAGCAUGCGCAAACUGACAAGAAUUACAAAGAGUAAGACCCAACUGAUGCAUGCGUGGAACAAACAACCAUUGAAGGAACCAACUUCGCUACAUAUAUAAGAACACCAACCUUAACUUCCACAAACACAAACUCAUCAUCAUUCUCUUGCCACCCCGGGGUUUGAGAGUAUGAAAAUGGAGUUUGUGAAGAAGUGGAAGAGAGUAUUGGGGAGAAGCAAGAGAUUGUAUCCGGAGAACAACUUAAGUGGAAGCUAUGGCAGAUUGAGGAACAAAGAAAGGCAACAACGUAGGAAGAAUAAUUCGAAGGCUUGUGUGGCUCCACAAGGUUGUCUUUGUGUCUACGUUGGAGCCGAGAGAGAGAGAUUCGUGAUCAAGAUCGAGAUAGCGAACCACCCUUUGUUCAAAGAGCUUUUGGAUGGUGCUGAGAGAGAAUAUGGGUAUAGAAACGAUGGUCCCUUGUGCCUCCCUUGCCACGUUGACUUCUUCUGUGAGGCGCUGACGGAGAUGGAAAUCGGCACCACCGUCGAAGAGGGUGUUAUGGGUUCUCAUGGUUACAGUCACCACAACUCGUGUUCAGUUUCUAAUCUCAGUUAUGCGACAGGGUCUUUCUCUGAUCGUUAUUAUGAAAACCUUGUGAAUUGAUAUUAUUGAAACAGAUUCAACCAUAUAUGGUAGAUUAGAACAUGCUUGUUUCAUUAGUUUAAUCAGUUUUGAUGUUCGUUAAUUGUUAGCAGUUCUUGCCAAGGA